UUUCUGUCAGUGAGGUGAGAGCGGAGCAGCGGCUUCUCCCUCUGAUCCGUCCAGGUGUGUCUCCAUGUGAACCGGAGCUGACAGGUGAAGCCCUGAAGGCUUUCCCAGCCGGUCCAACCAGAUUUCCGUCUUCAAAUCUUUCCUCAGCAUCUGGGCGCGUCGCAUUUCCUCAGUGGAUCACCAGCAGAUCACAGCGGAUCCCUGCUGACUCUCCCAGGCUGGACCGAGCAGACGAUGGGUUAGAGCGACGCUCCGCAGGACAUCAGACACGUUUCCUCCCGCAGGAACAGAAACAGUCUGGUUUCUCCGCUCUGUGGGGCUCCGUCCCGCGGUUUGCUGCCAUGGCGAUGAGCAGGAAGCUGCUCAUGAUGGUCGUCCUGCUGGAGUUCACCAACGGCGUCGGGACGCCGCCGGCUCCUGGGUCCGUCUGCAUGGACUCGGUCAACAUGAGACACGUCCUGCGCUGGACGCAGCCCACAGCAUCGUGCAACUCCACCGUGCUUUACUCCGUUCAGUACCAGGGGGAGUUUGAGCUCCUGAUCAAGAACGGCAGCUGGAUAAACGCUCCUGAGUGCCAGAGGAUCCCCCUCACCAGCUGCGACCUGACCUCUGACCUGGGAUCUGACUCCGACUACAGCCUGCGGGUCAGGGCGCAGUGUGGCUCCAAGAUGUCCGCCUGGACCAGAUUUCUGUUCAACAGGAACAACAUCACGCCUCCAGUUCCUGAGCUCAGGGUGACGGCAGCGGGCGACGUUCUGCUGGUGUCCGUCAGGAAGUUUCCUCUCACCGCCGUUACCAUGGUGACGAUGUGGAGGAAAGACAAAGAGCAGCAGACCCAGACUUACUCCAUGCCAGCAGACCAGGAGGUGCUGCAGGUCGCCGCCCUGCAGGAGGGAGCGGUGUACUGCGUCAAGGCGAAGGUUGUCCUGAAUCUGGACGUGCAGAGUGGAUUCACCGACAGCCACUGUGUUUCCAUCACAGGUCCUGGCGCUCCGGCGUGGAAGCAGCCCACCGCGGUGACGAUGACGGUCGUCGUCACGCUGGGCCUCCUGAUCGGUUUGUUCUGGUCGCUCGUCCACUGUCACCCCGACUCCUGUCAGAAGUAUUUCCAGAAAGAGCCGCUGCCGCCGUCGCUGAACGGAAACUUCGCCGUCCGGAUUGCGAUUCCCCAGCAGAGGGAGGAGCUUUGUGAGGAAACGCCCCACCUGCUGAGAGGCGGAGCAACGUGACGCCACCUCAGCGCCGCUCUACCUGCACGAUUAUACAAGCUGUCAGGGCUGCGAUGUGAUCGCCACGGAAACAGCCGUCACCCCGGGCGACCGGAGGUUUCCCGGGUCUGGCUUACCGAAGGAGGCCGACCUCGAGGUUCUGCUGGUUUACCAGCAUGAGGGGGAUGAGGUCAAAGGUCACAGCCACAGCAUGUUUGUGUUGUACAGACAGUCAAUGAAUGUUUUUAUAAGCUGUUCUCAGAAGGUUCAAGGCUCUGAAAAUACCAGAAAAAGAUCAUGUUAUAUUUAUAUAUAAAAAGUAAAACCUAAACUUUUCCCACCCUGAUAAAAAACGAGGAUUUGGUGAGUUACAGGUUUUUAUUUCUUUAUUUUCCACCAUAAAAGAUUUAUUUUAACCCAGUUUAUUCAGGAUUUGUGUCAACUUAAAGGUAGUUUUAUAUUAUAUUAUAUUAUAUUAUCUCUCAGGUUUUACAUCAUAUGAACACUUUACCUGGUUUAGGUUCAAACUCAGAGAUCGUCUGGAAAAAGACAGAAACGUUUUGAUGAAGGAGAAUUUAAACCGUUUUAUUGUUUUAUUGUUUCAACGUUCAGCUCUACUGCGUCUUUUUAUUUCAAAGAUUAUUGUUUUAUAUUAUAAAACUGGUUCUUGUUUUGUCAUAAAAAGAUUUAAAGAAUAUUCAUGAAUCGUUUUCAGGGUUUUGUUCCCUGAUGCAGCUAGUUACCAUGGCAACAGUUACCAUUUCCUCCACACAGGAAGUGAUGUAAUGCCCCGUUGCCAUGACAGUCUUAAAGCUGGACGUCCAUGGACGCUAUAUUAUUUUUUUACCCCUCCAGGGG